CCCCGUCUAAAUCCCUACCAACUAGGCCAAAAGUAGCGGUGUCAACGCACAAAAGAAAGCCUCAUGGUGGGCUUUUUUGAGAUCCCACAAAUGCAAAAUCAAAACAUACACAGCUCAGUGAGGGCGCACUCAACAGCUUGCAGGUUAGAGUAUCUAGCACGUCGACGCCGUUCCUUUCGAAAUUUUCUCCCAUUGUGGGGUCUCACUUUCGCACGUCACCUACAAACAUGCCAGAAUAUAUCGUCUUGAUCCCUACUGCGACGCUAGGGCCCAUUCGGGAAGGGAUACCCUUGAACGCCGGCAAUGGCACUGGUUCAUCCACGGAUUGCAAUGGGCUGUUCACCCAGGCAAGCUCAAGUGGAGCAGCUGCGAACACCACCAGGAACAACAACGACCCUACGGGUAUUCCGAUGCGGAAUCUGCAGCCUAUCGCGGGAGCUCCUUGGUACAACUGCGUACACGGAAGCUUCAACAGCCACCACAAAAGGCGCGGAUUCUUCCGCUGCUCUGAUGUCGGCAUGCAUCUCCUUCACCACCUCCGCAGGCCAGAACACCAAAAGCAUCUGAUAUCGGGUCUUAUUUUUCAUCAUCCACGCAGCCUCCUAGACCUCGCAACCUCUCCCGCGAUAGCAUCUUCGGCAAGUCUCACGCAUCGUAUCCAUCUACGAUAAGGCUGCAUCUUGGACGUCGCAUUCGAGUAUUCAAAGCAUCACCACGGAACGACGUGAAUUAAGAGCAGCGAAGAGCUUGCAGAAGUCUCACGAAUGGAAUCCCCACGACUGCUGGUCU